AUGGCGCCACUCCCAGCAUUCCCCAUGGAUCUCAUCAGCAUCGCCUGCGCCGCUCUCCUGGCACUGCCCGUGGUGGCCCUCAUGGCACUGGCGCAUCGCCUGGGGCUCCUCUACCAGCUCUUCCAUCAGGUGGACCCCCAAAGCCCCCGGCACGGUGGGGAGCUGGUGGCGGAGGUGCUGAAGGCGCACGGGGUCCGCUUCAUCUUCACCCUGGCUGGUGGCCACAUCUCCCCUGUCCUGGUGGCCAGCGAGAAGGUGGGGAUCCGAGUGGUGGACACCAGGCACGAGGCCACCGCGGUCUUUGCCGCUGAUGCCGUCUCCAGGAUCUCCGGUCGCAUCGGCGUCGCCGUGGUCACCGCCGGUCCCGGUGUCACCAACACGGUGACGGCCGUCAAGAACGCCCAGAUGGCCGAGUCCCCAUUGCUGCUCAUCGGGGGCGCAGCCGCCUCCCUGCAGAAGGGCCGCGGAGCUCUGCAGGACAUUGACCAGCUCUCGCUCUUCAGGACCCUCUGCAAAGCGACCGUCUCGGUGCGAACGGUGCGGGGCAUCGUCCCAACGCUCCGCAAAGCCAUCGCCACCGCGCAGUCGGAGACCCCAGGACCCGUCUUCGUGGAGCUCCCCAUCGAUGUCCUGUACCCCUUCCAUGUGGUGCAGAAGGAGAUCACUGGCACCAAGAGCGCCCGGGGGCUGCGGGGGAAGGUGGUUCAAUGGUACCUCCAAAACUACAUCCGGAACCUCUUUGCGGGUGCUUGGGACCCCCAGGAUGUGUCCCCGUUGCCAGUGAAGGUGCCGUUGGCCACUGAGGAUGAGGUCCAGCGCUGUGCGGAGCUGCUGAGCAGGGCCACCAAGCCCCUGGUGCUGGUGGGCAGCCAGGCCCUGCUGCCCCCGACCCCGGCCGAGGAGCUGCGUGCAGCGCUGGAGGCUCUGGGGGUCCCCUGUUACUUGGGGGGCGCAGCGAGGGGGCUCCUGCCCCCCAACAGCCCCAUCCUCCUGCGGCAGAGCCGGCGUGAGGCCCUGCGGGAGGCAGACCUGGUGCUGCUGGCAGGCGCCGUGUGCGACUUCCGCCUCUCCUAUGGGCGCCUCUUCGGCCGCGGCGCCGCCAUCGUGGCGGUGAACCGGGAUCGGGAGCAGCUCCUCCGGAAUUCCGACAUCUUCUGGAAAGCCCGGCUGGCCGUGCAAGGGGAUGCCGCCUCCUUCGUGGUGCGGCUGGCGCGGAGCCUCCCGGGAUACGGCUGCUCCGGGGAAUGGCUGCAGCGGCUGCGGGAGAGGGAGCGGGGCAAGGAGCAGGAGAACCGGGAGAAGGCUGCGAUCCCGACGGAGCAGCACCUGAACCCCCUGGAGCUGCUGCAGGUCCUGGAUGAGCUCCUGCCUCCCGAGAGCCUUCUGGUGGCCGAUGGGGGGGACUUCGUGGGUACCGCAGCCUACAUCGUGCGGCCCCGGCGGCCCCUGGCCUGGCUGGAUCCCGGCCCCUUUGGAACGUUGGGUGUCGGAGGCGGCUUCGCGCUCGGGGCCAAGCUCUGCCGGCCCGAGGCCGAGGUCUGGGUCCUCUAUGGGGAUGGGUCCCUGGGCUACAGCCUCAUGGAGUUCGACACCUUCGUGAGGCACAAGGUCCCGGUCAUCGCGCUGGUUGGGAAUGACGCGUGCUGGAGCCAGAUCGCGCGGGAGCAGGUGGCUCUGCUGGGCAGCGGCGUCGCCUGCGGCCUCCACUACCUGGGAUACCACCUGGUGGCCGAGGCUCUGGGUGCCAAAGGCUUCGUGGUUGGGCGCCAGGACCGGGAGCGCUUGGGCAGCGUCAUCCUCGCCGCGCAGGAUUCGUGCCGCCGCGGCCACCCCGUCCUGCUCAACGCCCUCAUCGGCCGCACCGGCUUCCGCGACGGCGCCAUCUCCGUGUAGGCACCGGGGCCGGCGAUGGCCACAAAGGGG